GUUGUGGACAAACGAUUAAGGCGGUAGUACGCAUACGAGAUUGUCUUCACUUGUGGUAAGUAAUAAUGGAGGAUGAGGAUAUGCAUAAUCGUUCCAUGUCUUUGCAAGGUGAGGAAGAUGAUCCACACAAUCAAUCACAAUCAGAGCAACAAACAACCGACUCUCAGAAGAAGAAAAAGCAGUCAAGAGGUCCUUCAAAGGGCCUGAAAUCCAUGCCUGGGGUUCCUAGAGUGCUUGAAUGGGAUGAAUUGUGUCGACCCAUUGGAAAGUGGGCAAAAGCAUACAAAAUUCAUGUUGGUGAAAUAAGCCGUGCAAAGGUGUCUAUAUUGUAUAAAGAUUGGAAUCAAGUUCCACAAGGAAUAAAAGACACUUUGUGGGAAGAUGUUAAGAGAGAGUUUCAAAUCGAAGAAGAUGAAGACAAGAAAAAAAAGGUCCUACGCACUUGUGAUAAAACUUGGAGAGAUUUUAAAACAAAAUUGGUCAGUGGUUGGAUCACAUGUACCAGGAAUAUGCCGAAGGAGAAAAGAAUUCCGUAUGUACUCUAUGAUUUCAUAUCUGAGGAUAUGUGGAAAACAUUUGUGGAGGAGCAUAGUACAGAUGAUUUUAAGGAAAUCAGUGAGAAGGCAAGACAAAGCCAAUCUUUCAAUGAAUACCCUCACCAUUUAGGAGCCAAAUCAUAUGGUGAAAUGAAUAUUUUAUGGCGUAGAAAAGGGUAUAUUCCCACGGCAUCUUCAACAUCCAGUACUUCAUCUUGUUCUUCGGUUGUGUCUAGUUUGCCGGAUAGGACAUAUGCUUGGCUUCUAGCAAGAUCAAUAGAAUAUGAUAAGGGAAAUCCUUAUUUGCCGGAUGAGAAAACAAGAGAGGUGAAAGAAUCCAUUGUAAGUAUGAAAUAG